CCAUUAGGGUUCCUUCUCCUUAUAUUAAAGGGACUCUCCUCUCUCGAUAAAGGCACCCAUGCCUUUGUAAAUCUUCUAGAUCUAAAGAAAAAAGAAACCCUAAGUUCUCUCUCUCCUUCGAUUUAAUCAAUCAUCAAUGGCGGAGGAGCAAGCGGCAGAUAUGGCGGCGACAAAGGAGGAGAGAUCGACCGGCAGGGUGGUUCGAUUCAGCGACAAGAAAGGAUUUGGAUUCAUCAAACCUGAUGUUGGCGACAAAGAUCUCUUCGUUCACCACUCCGCCAUCAAAUCUGACGGUGGCUACCGUACUCUUUACGAAGACGACGUCGUUGAGUUCACUAUUUUACUGACUGAAGACAAGUACCAAGCUAUUGAAGUUACUGCCCCCGGUGGCGGACCUAUCAAACGCCGCACUACCACCUCCGGUGGUUUCAGCCGCCGCAACAACAAUAACAACGGUGUUGGCUGUUUCAAUUGUGGGAAUCCUGGCCAUAUUGCGAGGGAUUGCAACAAUAACAGUAGUAAGAGUUACAAUAAUUACAACAACAACAAUCGCGGUGCCGAUUUUGGUUGCUACAAGUGUGGUAGCAGUGGGCAUUUUGCGAGGGAGUGCACGAAGGGGAAUAACAAUGGGUGUUACAGUUGUGGAGGGAUUGGGCAUGUGGCAAGGGACUGUCCGGGUGGGAGUGGAGCUUGUUAUAACUGCGGUGGGUAUGGGCAUUUGGCUAGGGAUUGCACCAGUGCAAGAGUAACUGGUGGUGGAAGGUUUGGCGUUGGUAAUAGUGGUGGAUGUUUUAAUUGUGGUAAUGAAGGGCACUUUGCUAGGGAUUGUCCUGAGCAGUCUUGAAUAAAAGAGGGAUGAUGGUAACUGUUGCUGUUAAUCUUGGGUUUAUCUUUGGCUCGUUGUUUGUUUUUUGGGGGUUUAUGAUAUAGAUAGGAUUAUGUUGGGGGUUCCUAUUUUUGUUAGGGGAAAUUGUUUUUUCCCAGUUUUGACACAAUAUAUACAUGGUCGUUUCGGAUUAAAAGUUAAUUUUUUUUCUAAUUUCUAUUACUGUUAGUGACAUUUGAGUAGUUUUCUAAUUGAGCGGUUCUUAUUUUUGUCAAGUGUGAACUAUGGGCUUUAAUGCGAAGGUUUAAAGCUUGUUUUUUC